AUGGAGCGGACCACUAAACGAGUGGGAAACCAUUUCGAGACCGGACUGCUGUGGAAGAAUGAUGAUCCACGAUUUCCGGAUAGUUUUCCGAUGGCUUUACGGAGGAUGAAGCAGCUGGAGAACAAAUUGAUGAAGAAUCCAGAUCUGUACGAGAGCGUGUGUCGACAAAUCGACGAGUGCCAGCAGAAGGGGUAUGCACAUGUUGCAACGGCAGAGGAGUUGCGGAAUUCCGAACCGGAGAAGGUGUGGUACUUACCGUUAAAUGCGGUGACAAAUCCCAGAAAACCAGGCAAGAUUCGUCUAGUAUGGGACGCUGCAGCCUCGGUGCAGGGAGUGUCCCUCAACCUGCAGCUGUUGAAGGGGCCAGACCUGUUGGUUCCGCUGGUAAAAGUGAUUGUAGGGUUUAGAGAACGACGGAUAGCGUUCGGUGGCGAUCUCCGUGAAAUGUACCACCAACUACAAAUCAUAGAAAGUGAUAGACAGUUCCAACGUUUCGUAUUUCGGAAAGAUUUCAGUAAAAAACCAACCAUUUUCGUUAUGGAUGUUGCUACGUUUGGCGCCACUUGCUCUCCAAGUUCGGCGCAGUAUGUCAAGAACAGAAAUGCGGAAGAACACGCAGUUCAAUAUCCACAAGCAGCGUCGGCUAUCAUACAUCGUCAUUACGUCGAUGAUUACUUCGACAGCGUUGACACUAUUGAAGAGGCGGUAAAUAUAGCGAAGCAAGUGCAUCUGAUACACAAACAUGUUCUUCGGAUUUUGGGUGAAGAAAAGCCGGUAUCGCCAGUACAUUUCAAUCGAGAUAAGCAGAGUUAUAGUGAAUGUGUUCUUGGUAUCAUUUGGGAUCCAGACUUGGACGAAUUCUCUUUCUCAACGUUGCACCGACCAGAAAUGCUGGCAUAUCUGUACGAUGGAAAACGGCCAACGAAGCAACUUGCCCUAAGCUGCGUGAUGGGAUUUUUCGACCCGAUGGGGCUGCUGUCACCCUUCACAAUCCACGGGAAAAUAAUAAUUCAGCAUCUGUGGCGUUUGGGCUGUGAUUGGAAAGAUGAAAUCGACGACGAGAGCUGGAGAUUAAGGAAACACUGGACUGGUCUACUGCCAGAAGUAGAAGCAGUUCGGAUCACACGAUGUUUUAUUGAAAACGCUCUAUCAUCGGCCGUUGAUUCACUAGAACUGCACAUUUUCACUGAUGCCAGUGAAUUAGCAUACGGCUGUGUAGCGUACCUGCGUGUGGAAAUCCAUGGGAAAGUACGAUGUAGUUUGGUUAUGUCUCGGGCGAAGGUGGCUCCACUGAAACGGCAAUCAGUUCCUCGACUGGAAUUAAUGGCGGCAGUACUCGGAGCUCGACUGAGUCGAACGGUUUUAGAAAUGCUCUCUACAGAAAUCAAGCGGUGUGUGUUGUGGACGGACUCUCGUACAGUGUGCAGCUGGCUGCAGUCGGAUCAGUACAAAUUCAAGCAAUUCGUUGCUUUCAGAAUUGGCGAAAUACUAGAACUAACUAGAGUAACUGAUUGGCGUUGGGUUCCUACUAAACUGAAUAUCGCGGACGUAUUGACUAAGUGGGGACAUGGAUCGUCGCUUAACAGCGACGGAGAAUGGUUCAACGGAGCAUCGUUUCUGUAUCUGCACGAAGAAGACUGGCCAAGAAAAGAAAAGCCGUUCGAGGAGACAAGCGAAGAGGCUAGAGGAGUGGUACUGUUUCUACAACUAGUUGACAAUGUAGCUAUUUCAAGAUGGGCAACUCUGGUGAGAGUCAUUGCAUAUGCGGUUCGAUUCACAGAAAAUUGUAAGCGGAAAAAGAAAGGACAGCCGGUAGUAACAAUCCAAGCCACAGCAAACCAACAACGAUCGAUUGAAACGAAAUAUCCCACAGUGCUGCAACCUCUUCAGCAGGAAGAACUGCAGAAGGCCGAGAUAAUUCUGUGGAAACAAGUACAGUUCGACAGCUUUCCGGAUGAAAUGAGUGCGUUAACGAAAACUCUCUAUCUAAAGCCGGAGCGAAUAUCAGCUAAAAUCGGAAGAUCGAGCAUUCUAGCAAAAUUGUCUCCAAUUCUGGACGACAACGGAGUUUUGCGGAUGGGUGGAAGAUUGGCAAUGGCGGAUAACGUUCCUUACGAUAAGAAGUUUCCGAUUAUUUUAUCACGACACCACGAUAUCACUAAAAAGUUGAAUCAUUCCUACCACGAAAGGUUCGGGCAUGCAAACAGAGAAACUGUCUGCAUUGAACUACGUCAGAAAUUCUGGAUUCCAAACCUCCGUGCAGUGAUCUGCCAAGUGAUGCGAGAGUGCGCAUGGUGCAAAGUUCAUCGAUGUCGCCCGCAAGUACCAAUGAUGGCUCCUCUUCCGACACAACGUGUCAAGGCAGGAUUGCGUCCUUUCAGCUCGGUCGGCAUCGAUUAUUUGGGACCAGUAGAAGUAUCAGUUGGAAGAAGGAGAGAAAAGCGAUGGAUAGCCGUGUUCACGUGCCUCACCAUCAGAGCAGUACAUCUUGACGUGGUUUACAGUUUGACAACGCAAUCGUGCAUGAUGGCAAUUCGUCGAUUCACUUGCAAACGAGGCGUUCCUGAUUUCAUCUUGUCGGAUAAUGCAACUUGUUUUGCGGGUGCUAGCAAGGAGAUGCAGAAAGUGCUGAACAAGAUUCACAGUUACUGUGCCGAAGUAAUAACGACGGCUACGACGGCCUGGCGCUUCAUUCCGCCCGGCACUCCGCACAUGGGAGGUGCAUGGGAGCGGAUGGUUCGUUCCGUGAAAGAAGCGAUGAAGGCUCUGGAUGAUGGCAGGAAGCUAACGGACGAGAUAUUGAGCACCACACUCGCAGAGGCAGAAGACAUGAUAAACACUCGACCUCUUACUUAUGUUCCUCAAGAAUCUGCCGAGAUAGAAUCUCUGACCCCGAACCAUUUUCUACGCGGAACGGUGAAAGAUGCAGAUCUUACUGUUGAUUGCGGUGUGAACCUAGCGGAUGCCAUUAGAGAUGUCUACAAGCGGUCACAGUAUCUAUCGGACCGGAUGUGGGAGCGUUGGAGUAAAGAGUACCUACCGACGAUUAAUCGGCGUACCAAGUGGUACGAUGAGCGACGACUACUGAAAGUUGGAGACCUCGUGUUUAUUGUGGACGGCAAAGAGAGAAAGAAAUGGACCAGAGGAAUGGUCGAAGAAGUGAUGCAAGGGCCCGAUGGUCGAGUCCGAGAAGCAAGAGUUAGAACUGCAGCAGGAAUCCAUAGGCGUUCAGUGGCGAAUUUGGCGGUAUUAGAAAUUGAGAGUUGUAAAUCCGGAAGUCCCGAAGAAACAUCGGAUGUUACGGGCUGGGGUGUUAACACCGCUGGCAACACUGGCGAUAGAAUCGCUAAACGCAGCAUUGAGGGAACGAAGUUCAUGUGCUAA